AUGACAAAAUCAAGCAAAAAGAGAUCUAAGAGUGCUUCUCACGCUAAAGCUAUGCCUCCCUAAACCUUGUCAGAGGAGUAGAAAGCGCAAAGAGCCAAGGACGAGGCUUUAAAGCAGACACUGACCUUCAUCCAAGAUAGAAUUAAGAGAACUCCAGAGUUGUACAAGAAGGAGUUCAACACUCACUUUGAGACAUUCAAGAAUAGUCUGACUUAGUUCAAGACUAAUCCUGGUAAAAGAAGUGAAGAAAUCAUUAACUACUGCCUCUUUUUCAGUCAUUAAUACUAUUCAAUAUUGCAUCCUGAUAACAGAAUGGCAAUGGUCACUAGUCUCAAGAUUUUAAGAGGAAAGGACGUAGUUUCACCUACUCUGAUCUUGCCAGUGUUCUUCAAGCUAUUCAAGUGCAAGGAUAAGGAAUUGAGAUCAUACUUGAAUGCUUAGAUUAUAAAUGACUUGAAACAACUUAAUAAGACUCAUCGCAACCAUGCAGUAAACAGAAAGCUCCAAAACUUUGUGUUCGAGAUGCUCUAAGAUCCAAAUGAGACUGCCACAAAGAGAGCCCUUAGCGUUAUGAUAGACUUAUAUAAGAGAAAAAUAUGGAAUGAUGAUAAAACUGUUAAUGUUAUUGCUCAGGCUUGCCUUCAUGACAAUCCUAAAGUAGUUGCCUCCUCAGCUAAAUUCUUCCUAGUCUUAGAUUAUGUGUAUGAAUCUGAAUCAGAAAAUGAUAGCAGUGGUGAAGACGAUAAGAAACUUAUCUUAGGUAAAUAUAAGGGUACCAAGAAAAUGACUAAGGGUAGAUUGCAAAAAGUAGAUAGAGCUAUUAAGCAGCAUAAAAGAAAGGAAAAGAGAAAGAACAAGACUAAGUCUUUUACUGAUUUCCUUCCAAUUGAUCUUAUUAAUGAUCCUUAAUCUUUCGUCGAGAAGCUAUUCAAUAAACUAAGAAAAUCAAAUGAUAGGUAUGAAGUCAAACUCUUACUCAUGAGACUCAUUUCAAGAAUGAUAGGAAGACAUCAACUAAUGCUUAUGCCAUUCUACCCUCAUUUGAUAAGAUAUCUUUAAUCGCAUGAUAAAGAAAAGAUUGGAGAGAUCUUCGCCAUGAUUAUUGAGUCCUGUCAUGAGCUUGUUCCACCUGAAGAGAUUAAACCCAUUAUUGAAAAAAUUAUUACCAACUAUAUAACAGAGUACUGUAACAACCAGCACAUUACCAUUGGUCUAAAUGCUAUUAGAGAGAUUUUAAUGAGAAUGCCUUUAGCUUUAGAUGAAUCCUAAAUAGAGUAUUUAGUUUUGUUCAGAACUUUCAAAAAUUCAUCUGUUGUUGGAGCAGCUAAGUCCUUGAUAAAUUACUUUAGAGAUGUUUGUCCCAAUCUACUGCCAAAGAAAUUGAGAGGUAGAUUUACUAAGAUUGAUGAUGACAACGCUAAGGAGAACUAUAUCUAUGGAAAGUAAAGAAUUAGUUAUGGAAUUGAGGGUAUUGAGUUACUUUAAAAGUCAGAGGGCAUAGAUGAAAGUAUAAAUAUGGCAGCAACUAGAAUUCUUGAUGAUACAGACUUGAAAAAGCUAAGGAUUUUGAAGUUAAGACAAGCAGUCAAAAAGAUAGAUAGAAAGGGAUUCGCCUCUAGUGGAGAAGAAGAAGAGAAGGAAUCAGAGAAAGAUGAGAGUGAAGAGGACUCAGGAGAUGAAGAAGAAUUAAGUGAAGGAGAAGAGGGUGAGGAAGAAUAAGAUGAAGGUGAUGAAGAUGAGGAUCAAGCUAAUUUUGAAGAAGGGUCAAGCAUUGAAUACGAUGGUGAGUUUGAAGCUGACGGAGAAGAGGGAGAAGACGAAGAAGAAGAAAGUUAAGAGGAAGAAGAAGUAGUAGAGUCCAGAGGCAGGGUAAAAGAAGCUGACAAGAAAAGAUCAAAGAGUGUAGAAGUGAAAUCAAAAGCCAAACUAAACAUUACCAAAGAUACUAAGAAGUCAAACAAGACGAAAUUUCAGGAUAGCAGCAGUGGCAGCGAAGAUGAUGAAGAAAUGUCAGAAGAAGUAAAUCCAUAUCACGUAUCAUCCUCAGAACUAGAGUAAACAUCUGAAGAGGAGAACGUCCAUGGAUUCGUGUAUGCUCACAAUCUCGAUACUUACAGGAAGUCUAAAAGAGAAAAGAUUGAAAUCUAGAUGAAGGAAAGAGAAGAGAACAAGGAUGAGCACAAGGAUAAAUUCAAGAAGAAGAAGGACAAAAAGAAGGGUGGUGACACCAACAAGAAGAAGCUCAAGCAUAAACCAUUUGGCAUGGUCAAGCAGAAGAAAUUAAAAUCUAUAAAUGAUAAACUUGAGAAUACUAAGACAAAGCUAAAGAAGUUAAGAGUCUAACUUGGUAAAUACAAAAAGAAUCAGAAGUCUAAGUUCGAAGCUAAGAAGAAGAGACUAAGGAUGAAAUGA